UGCCUUCUACUCCACAUCCUGAGUUUCAUAACGAAAAAACGUAGCAUAAUUCCCUCAUAGCUCAUGAUACUGUUUUUGCUGACAAAAACCAAAAAGAAGUGGAGAGGGGGAGGGAGAAAUCUGAGCAUCAAAUUAGCGAUGUUUGUACCAUAAACCAAGGAGGAGGAAAACCAUGAGGAACAGCAGCAGCAACGACAGUAGAGAAGAAGAUCGAAACAAAGAAACUUCUUCUUCACCUUCCAAUUCCGAGUCCAGAUUCAACCAAACUCUUAGAAAUGUUCAAGGGUUGCUCAAGGGUCGCAGUUUUCCUGGUAAGAUACUGAUAACACGGAGAACAGAUCCCCUGGACCUGUCAAGUUUGCAUUCCCCAAACAGUGGCCCGAGAUCUUUGGAGAGUGAUAUUCACCAUCGCAAACAAGUGGAUAAAUCAACUGAGGAUGAAGUUGAAAACAGAAGUAGUACAAAAGCUAGCUCAUCUGUUAAUGAUACAAAAUCUUCAACAACGGGUAGUGAAAACACAUCAAAAGAGGUCCAUAGGUCCACAGUCGGAGCUAGAGCUACAGAUUCUGCUAGGCUGAUGAAGUUCACCAAGGAAUUAUCUGGUUCAUCUGUAUUCUUAGAAAAACUGCGUGAAUUAGCAUGGAGUGGUGUGCCUCCACAUUUGCGUCCAACUAUAUGGAGACUUCUGUUGGGAUAUGCACCCUCUAAUUCAGAUAGAAGGGAGGGAGUUCUGAGAAGAAAGCGCCUGGAGUAUCUUGAUUGUGUUGCCCAAUAUUAUGACAUACCUGAUUCUGAGCGCACAGAUGAAGAGAUCAACAUGCUUCGUCAGAUUGCUGUUGAUUGUCCAAGAACUGUCCCUGAUGUCUCGUUCUUUCAACAAGAGGAAGUUCAGAAGUCACUGGAGCGAAUACUUUACAUAUGGGCUAUACGGCAUCCUGCAAGUGGCUACGUGCAAGGAAUAAAUGAUCUCGCGACACCUUUUUUAGUUGUUUUUUUAUCAGAAUACUUGGAGGGUAGUGUUGAUACUUGGUCAAUGGCUAAUCUUUCUUCCGAACAAGUAUCAAAUGUUGAAGCUGAUUGUUAUUGGUGUCUAACAAAGUUGCUUGACGGUAUGCAAGACCACUACACAUUUGCCCAGCCAGGAAUUCAACGUCUUGUGUUUAAGCUGAAGGAAUUGGUUAGAAGGAUCGAUGAACCUGUUUCAAGGCACAUGGAGGAACAGGGGCUUGAAUUUCUUCAAUUUUCUUUCCGCUGGUUCAAUUGCCUUCUUAUACGUGAGAUUCCAUUUCGUCUUGUUACUCGUUUGUGGGACACAUAUCUUGCUGAAGGGGAUGCAUUACCAGAUUUUCUUGUCUACAUAUUUGCCAGCUUUCUUUUGACGUGGUCAGAUAAGCUGCAGAAGCUCGAGUUUCAGGAGAUGGUGAUGUUUCUUCAGCACGUUCCGACACAGAACUGGAGUGACGUCGAGCUGGAGAUGGUGCUCUCCCAAGCUUACAUGUGGCACACCAUGUUCAACAACUCCCCCAGCCAUUUUUUAGCUGGCUGACAACGGAAGUAGCGCUAUUCCUCAGUGUCGAGAUAGAUCCCAUCCUGUGUGAGUUCCAGACUGUAAUACUUGUAUGUUACAGUAAUUGCUGUCUCUUGCCUGGUUCCGGCUUUCGA